CGUGUGUGCCGGCGGCCGCGGGCGGGCGCGAGUGGGGCCGCCGCCGAGCGCCAGCAGGACCCGGCGGGCGCGCUCCCCAGUCCCUCCGUCCCCGCCAGAACCAUGUCGGGCAGGUCGGUUCGAGCCGAGACCAGGAGCCGGGCCAAAGAUGAUAUCAAGAGGGUCAUGGCGGCUAUCGAGAAAGUGCGCAAAUGGGAGAAGAAGUGGGUGACUGUUGGUGACACAUCGCUGCGGAUCUACAAGUGGGUCCCCGUGACGGAGCCGAAGGUGGAUGAGAAAAACAAGAAUAAGAAAAAAGGCAAAGACGAGAAAUGCGGCUCAGAGGUCACCACGCCCGAGAACAGUGCCUCGCCGGGGAUGAUGGACAUGCACGACGACAACAGCAACCAGAGCUCGAUCGCAGACGCCUCCCCCAUCAAGCAGGAGAACAGCGGGAGCUCGAGCCCGGCCCCAGAGCCCAGCUCGGCCGCACCUGGCGACGGCAGCACCGAGGCGCAGGCGGACGAGGCACAGGUGGAUGGGAAGGAGCCCCCUGGGGCUGAAGACGCCUCGGACGAGCAGAAUUCCCAGUCUCCGAUGGAAAGCACCUUGAGUUCAGAGAAGGCAGACCGGCAGCCCUCCGGGGACUCGGGCCUGGCUGCCGAGGCACUGGCCGCCUCUCAGGUACCUUGCGUGAGGCCUCAGCAGGCGGGCCUGGGGAGCCUCUGGGGUGCCGAGCCCCUCGGAGUGGUCCGUGAUUUGGAGGGCGCUCCACCCUCUAAGAAGGUGAAACUGGAGGUCUCCCAGCAAAACUCUGAAGAGAUGUAGGCACCCCGGAAGGCUCCACCCUGUGCCGGGAGGCGCGUCCGCACACCUGCUCCCAGAACAGCGCGGCCACGCGAGCCCCCGCGGGUGCAAACACAACUACUAACGCUCAAGGUUACCAAGUGUAAAUCCAAGACAACCCUGACCCGCGUCACUUGGCAGACACCGAGGAACCCUGUGCCGCGGGUCGGACACGCGGGCCUGGCGGGGCCGUCCCUGACAGCUCAGGAGUGACUGCGCAGUCUCGGAAGCCAAGAUCACGUUUGUGUUGCUGCUGUGUUGUUUCCCACUUCUCUGUUGAACGAGACGAGCUCUUCGAGGGUGGUACCCAUCAGGAAGUCGCUGUUCACUGUUCAAUCGAUUCCUUCCGCUUUCUUUUUUUGUGCCUUGUGACCUUGAGGUGACCUCUGGCGUGUUUCCUGGUUGUUUUUCGCAUCUGCCCUUUACAAAGUGCCCUCUCGGCUAGAUGGUUCGGGCACCACGUUGGCCUCUGUCCUCGAUGCCCAGGACUCCUUGGGCCACAGAGGGGUAGGGGUGCCCCUGCCCCUCCCCCGCCCAAU